CCCAGGAGCAUGCCCCAGGUUGAAGUCUGGAGCUUCCGAUUGGCGUAUAGCAUCGGGGCUUCUGGGAUAAGCAAUGGGUGGCAAUAUGGACCCAAUGAUACGACUGCAUGGCCUGGGUUUCUCUGAUCCUUUCUCAAAUAGUUCAAUGAGGCAGGGUGGUACCGCAGGCUGCAGCACACAGCGGCGAUGCGCGUUGAUGGGGAUAUGAUCGCCGAGGCUUGAAUCCCAUCGGUAUAUUUAAGUAAGACGCAAUCUUUCCGCUUCCGCUGACGUGGCAUCAGCUUUCCGUCCCCUUCGCCAAGUCAGAAUAAGCCGCAAGCUACCUACGAUGCUAUUUGCCAUACUAGCAGUUCUCCUUGUCAUUCUCAUCCUUAGCGUUGUCCUUCGCGUCCUCGUUGUCCCAAAACCCCUCCCAGGCAUUCCCUACAACACAUUAGCCUUAUGGCAGCCGUGGGGAGAUUUCCAAGAUGUAGGAAUGCACAAUACUCUAACAGGAGAGGUGUUCGACUGGCUUUCACUACAAUGCGUCAAGCACUGCUCCCCCGUCGUGCAGGUCUUCAUCCCAUCCUUCUCGAUCAAGAAACCUGUCGUCAUCGUGGCGGACAUAAAGGAAAUCGAAAGUAUUACCACCCGGCGUCUGCGGGAGAUUGAUCGGGCGAGCAUGAUGCGGGAUUUCUUCAAUGUUAUUCCCAAGGCUACGAUCGGCAUGCGCACCGACUCGGUCUUCAGACAGCAGCGUAGGCUUUGGAAUAGUAUUUUAUCGCCUAGGUUUCUGACGGAGGUGGCUGCGCCGCAUUUUCAUGCGGUUAUGUGCCAGCUCGUGCAGCUGUGGGAUGUGAAAAGGGGUUUGGCGCCCGGGUUGGCAUUUGAGGCGGCUGAGGAUGUGAGGCAGACUACCCUGGAUGCCAUGGGGGCUAUGGCCAUGGGGAUGAACCUGGGGCUUCUGGACGCGCAGAUUAGGGGUUUGCAGACGUUUACCCGCAGCGGUAAGCCUGCGCACAAAAAUAAGAAGGGUGCGGUGGCAUCGUUCGGUCGGGUGACGUACCCACCUUCCUACCGUGCCUUCAGAACGAUCCUGGCGAGCCAGGACUGGAUCAUGCAGGGCGUGAGUCCGCGUCUGAAUAUCUGGAUCUCCAACUACACGCCCGCGUACACAAAAGCACGAAGCGUACUCAGCAAGCACCUCACCAACGCCAUUUCUCAAGCGCGCCAGCGCCAGCAGCAGCUCAAUGACACCCCUUCAUCCAAAUCUCACUGCGGCCUCGACCAAGUCCUUCAUCAGGAACACCUCAAGGAAGCGCCACCCGGCCACACAGAUGAAGCCCUCCACGACGAGCUCUUAGAGCUCUUGAUCACAGGGCAUGAAACUACAGCAUCUAGUAUAGGCUGGGCGCUGAAGUAUCUCGCCGACAACCAAGAAGCGCAGACACGGCUUCGCGCCGCGCUCAGGAGGGCUUUCCCGGGAUGCUCCAUGGAGAACCUCCCCUCAGCGAAGGACAUUACCACAACGCAGCUCCCCUACUUGGAAGCAACCAUCGCCGAAGUCCUCCGUAUUUCGCGCUCGGGGCCUAUCUCGUUCCGUGAGGCCGUCAUGGAUACGGAGAUCCUGGGCCAUCGCGUCCCGGCGGGAACGCCCAUCUUGCUAGUUACGGCAGGUCCGUCGUAUGAGUCCCCCGAAAUACGGGAGGUGGCUGAAAAGGCGCGGGUGCGGAGUGGUCGCAAGACGAUUUUUCAACUCGAAGAUGAGCGGAAGUGGGAGUGGGAUCCUGCGAUGCCGCAGAAUGUGUUCUCUCCUGAGCGGUGGCUGGAUGAAGAUGGGGAGUUUGAUCCUGAGGCUGGGCCGAGUUUGCCUUUCUCGGCGGGGCCGAGGGGCUGUUUUGGGAAGAAGAUUGCGUUGCUGGAGUUGAGGAUCAUUUUGGCGGUGUUGGUGGUUAGUUUUCGGUUUCCGAAGUUGGAGGAGAGGUUGAGUCGGUACGCGUCUUUCGAUGGGUUGACGAGGAAGCCUACUUGUUGUUAUGUUAUGCCAGAGUUCUUGUCAUGAGGGGGAUUGGGUUCUGAGCCGAGGGUGGGCUACUGAGAGAAUGAUUUAUGAGGUUUCUGGGUUCUCAAUCAUUUCAGGGGCACGCGCUGUCAUUCUACUACGGUUCAGUUAUUUUUCUUGAGCAAUACUGAAGCUACAUCUUCACACAACAACAGCCGGGCCACCUCCAGCUGGCCCCUCUUUCCUUUUCACUUCUGUACCGGCAAUGCCACAUUUUGCAAGUGCGUAAGAAGCAUCCACCAAUAUUGCAUUAUGAACUGAGCCUUUGCCUCCGGCCAAACCUCCCCCCAUUUUUUCACCGUGUCUGCGUACAGAUGCAAGUAAGCAGCCUUAUUAUCACCAAGGUCCACCGCGCCUUCCUCAAAGUUCCUG